ACGCGCACGCACGCACGCGCGGGCGCGCCGCUCGCUGCCGUGAAGACUUUUUCCGCGUCGAAAAAGCUUGACGUCUCUUUUUUCUCUCUCUCUCUUCUUCUUCUUCUCGUCUGACGCCGACAACGCCACAUUGGAGCUCGUAGGGAAGAUUCUCGCCACAAUUGUUUUGUUUUGAAUUGGAAAGAAAAGUGAAAAAGGGGAGGACAUUUUGGAGGACGCGCCGUUUAAGGACUUGGCAUUACCCCCCCCCCCAAAAAAAGACGUUUAUUGACCGCACAAAUGGUCUUUCUGUGGGACGCCAAAUACGACCCCUGCCCUGGCCGGCGCUACACCCCCCCGUCCACCGCCCUCGCCUCGGGGGGCAAGAUGGCCGAGGCCCUGGGCGCCCAGGAGGCUGGGGGCGGGGCUUCCCUGGUGGGCAAGCUGCGCGUGGCCGACCGAGACGUGGUGCUGUCGGAUCAUCCGGGCGAGCUGGUCAAGACCGACAGCCCCAACUUCCUGUGCUCGGUGCUGCCCACGCACUGGAGGUGCAACAAAACCCUGCCCAUCGCCUUUAAGGUGGUGGCCCUCGGCGAGGUCCUCGACGGCACCAUGGUGACGGUGAUGGCGGGAAACGACGAGAACUACUCGGCGGAGCUCCGCAAUGCCACGGCCGCCAUUAAAAACCAAGUGGCCCGUUUCAACGACCUGCGCUUCGUCGGACGCAGCGGCAGGGGCAAGAGUUUCACCCUGACCAUCACGGUGUUCACAAACCCGUCGCAGGUGGCGACAUACCAGCGAGCCAUCAAAAUCACAGUGGACGGUCCCAGAGAGCCACGACGUCAUCGCCAGAAGAUGGAUGACAUCAAGCCCGGCUCGUUGGCCUUCUCCGAGAGGCUGACAGAGCUGGAGCAGCUGAGGCGAAGCUCCAUGAGAGCGACUCCCCCGCACCAUCCUCUUCCUCAUCCGCAUCACCACCACCACCACCACCAUCAUCAUCCUCAACAACAUCAGCCCUGUAACACGCGUCAGUCGUCGGCCGCGUUCUCCGGCCCCGCGCACACCCAGAUGGCGACUGAAGGUCGACAGAUGCAGUCAUCUCCACCGUGGUCCUACGACCAAUCCUAUCCCUACCUCGGCCAGAUCGCCACGCCCGGCAUCCACUCGACCAAUCCCCUUUCGCCGAGUCGCUCGUCGCUAGGCGACCUGACCUCGCGUCUCACAGGUCCCGACCUGACCGCAUUCGGUGACCCACGGAUGACCUUGGAGCGAUCUUUCGCCUCCGUCCCCUCCUUGCCGGACACCCGCUUCUCGGACCCGCGCGUGCAUUACCCUCCCACGGCGGCCGCCUUUACCUACACGCCCCCGCACAAUCCCCACUCCAACGGCGCCCUCGGCAUCACCAUGGCGACGGCGAUGGCGACCGCACCUGCCGGGAGGUAUCACACUUACCUCCCGCCUCCAUACCCGGCAAAUACGCCGCACCAGGGCCAAAACAGGCCCUUCCAGUCCACCUCCUCGCCGUAUCACGUGUACUACUCCGCGGCCGCUGGCUCAUACCAGUUCUCCAUGAUGGCCGGCGGCGGCGGCGACUCGCGCUCCCCGCCGAGAAUCCUUCCGCCUUGCACCAACGCCUCGACGGGCUCGCCGCUCCUGCACCCGUCGUUGCCCAAUCAGAACGAGGGCGUGGCUGUGGAGGUGGAGGCCAGCCAUAGCAGCUCCCCGGCAAACGCCGAGGCUGUGUGGAGGCCUUACUGAUGAUGCACGGGAGUCCAAAAACAUUUUCCUUUCGUGUCGUCCGCCUUUGGCGGGCAACGGGACGCUUUUAAUGGUUCAGCAAAGGUCGACACUAUUUGUACAUUUUUAUUUUUCAACUGAUCUUCCGGGGGACUUAAGACUUAUUAUUACAGCAGUACACUGACUCGUGAGUUGAAUCAACUUCCCCCCUUGAAAUGAAUGGAAACACCGUUCGUCCGUUCCAAACCACUCAAAAACAACAACAACUUUUUAGGGGUUGCAAUGUGUUUCUUCUAAGAAAUAGCAAUGUACUGUACAAAAACACAUCGGAAUAAUAAUAUGAAAAUAGAAAUGAACGGAUUUGACUUUGAUACCUUGGCUGAUUUUCGGUGCACCUCUUUGGCCACACUCUCUUGACUUUUCUGCAGCGUCUCCAUCUUUUCAAGGAUGGAGCUCAGAAAUCAUUUGAAUGAUUGAAACGCAUUCGUCAAUGGAGGGUUCGUAGACGUUUUUCCCAGUGGAAAUACACGUGUGAUUUUUCCGAACGGCAACACAUUCCGUGAACAGGCGACGGGUGGGUGUCGACGUCACCUUUUCGCCGCUGCUGAAAUUUGCCAUUUGGCCUCGCUCGUGUUCUCAAGCUUAAAUUCAAUAGACAUCAUCUUCGUCUUCUCGGCACUCACUUUCUAUGGUUACAAUCAAGAAAUUUGGCACAAGAACACAACAGUUGCCUGCACUUUCACGUUUGACCGGAUGUUGUGAAGUUCGCUGCCGCCAUCUAGUGGCGUACGUCAGAUUUUUUGCUCGCAACACAAAGCAAACCCCACCAAUCUUUGCACUGGGAUACUCAUACGUCAAGGCACCACUGCAUUAUUAUUGGAUUUUUGUUGAUGUACGGCUGGGCAACACGGUGGAGGAGUGGUUAGCAUGUCUGCCUCAUAGUUCUGAGCUCGGGGGUUCAGGUCUUGUGCGGAGUUUGCAUGUUCUCUCCAUGCUUGCGGGGGUUUUCUCCAGAUAGUCCGACUUUCUCCCACAAUCCUAAAACAUGCAUGUUCGGUUCAUUUAAAACUCUCAAGUGUGCGUACCUCACCUGGAAAUUACGUUUUUUUAAUUAUUAUUAUUAUUAUUAUUAUUAUUUUUAUUACAAAUGUAAGUUCUGUGACAGAUUCACAUGUAGA